AUGGGGGAUGGUAAGAUUAAUGAACCAAAUGAUGGUUUGGUAGAUAUAGAAGUUCCUCAAGACCUCUUAAUUCUAAGUUUUAACGAUCCUAUUAAUUCAAUUGUUGAGAGCGCAUAUUUCAAACUUUUAGCAAGUUAUAAAAAUGAAGAGUUCUUACAAUGCAGAGCUAUUCUUUCUUCAACCAUUGAUGUUGUGGACAAAAGCAAUAAUUAUGUAUUAGACUUUAUUCUAGAAGAAGAAAAAGAAUUUUUAAGUUCAGAAUCAUUUGAUAGGACGCAGGUCAAUGAUAAUCAAGCUUAUGAAUGUAUAACUCUAGAAUUUUUUGGUUCUUUAAGAACAUCAGGCCUACCAAAUCACAUGAUUAAACUGAAAGUUGUGACUCCCAAUAUGCUGUUGAGGAAUAUGGACGAAGCUGAAGGGUUAUAUAAUGGAACAAGAUUAAUUGCGACAAGAUUAUCAAAUCACUUCAUUGAGGCUAAAAUUAUGUUUGGAAAGAACAUUGGUAACAUAGUUUACAUUUCCUGA